UUAAUUCAAAUCUAUUUAAUAAACAUGAAAUUGGUAUUCGUUUUGGCCGGUUUGAUCGCCGUAUCGUUGGGAGCGCCACAAGGUUCAGACAAGGAUGCUGUGGUGGUCAAAAACGACCUGGACAACAUCGGAGUCGACGGUUACAAUUGGGCUUAUGAAACAAGCAAUGGCAUUUCCGCCAACGAGCAGGGCCAGCUGAACAAUGCUGGAACGGACAAUGAGGUUAUCGCCGUCAGGGGACAAUUCAGUUACAUUGGAAAGGAUGGAGUCAGCUAUACUGUUACUUACAUCGCCGACGAAAACGGAUUCCAACCGCAGGGAGCUCACCUUCCCAAAGUCUGAUGAAUCACCUUGCCCCCUGAACCUCAAUCCUCAUGCGAAGCACACCUUUAUCGAUUUGUGAUUGACCUACCCCUUGCUCUUUGAUAAUUUUCAUAAAAUUAUCAAGCAGCAACGGAUUCAAAAAUCUAAUACUAUAUUUAUGUAUAUAAAGUGUAUAAAACAUGCAGCGACAACAACAACAA